AUGGCAAUGCCAUUAUCAGGAGCUGUUCUUAGUGGGAUUGGUUCUACUUUCCACAACAAUGGAGCCAAGCUUAAUGGCGUUUACACCGUCAAAUUUGGCCGGAAAACUGACCUAGUCGUGGUCGCUCACCGCAAGAAGUCGUUGAUCUACGCCGUUAAAAGCGAGGGCAACAUCGUCGAUGACGUCAACGACGCCACAAAGAAAGCUUCGGAUUUCGUGACGGAGAAGACAAAGGAGGCGUUGAAAGAUGGCGAGAAAGCGAAAGACUACGUUGUUGAGAAAACCGUCGAAGCCAAAGAUACGGCGGUGGGGGAAGCUCAGAAAGCUUCGGAAUAUGUGACGGAGAAAGCAAAAGAAGCGGCUGAGUUCGUAGAGGGUAAAGCAGGAGAGGCUAAGGAUGCCAUAAAGUGA